CACGUGGGUCUCAGACAUUCCCCUGGUUCAGCCCCCAGCCCAUCAAGAUGUCUUAGAGAGGCGGCCAGAUAACCAGAGACCUCAAGUGACCAUGUGGGAACAGGAAGUUUCUGGCAAAGGGCAGGAGCCAGGGUGGAGAGGCAGGUACAGAUCUAAUGUUGCUGUUUUCUUGGGCUUGCUUGCCAGUGGCCCUUCUUCCCUGAAAUAGAUUCCUUACCCUAUUUCAGCCCUUAGUUCCGUGAUUAUUCAUUUUUAUAUAAGCAAUUGUUGUUGCCUACAAUGCAUAAAUAAUAGCAGUGUGCUAGAUGCUAGGGACAAGAAUAACAAAAAUGAAUAAGAGAGAUCCUGAUAUCAAGGAAUUUUAUUUUAUUUUUGAUAAUUUUUUUUAAAUGAAUUUAUUUAUUUAUUUUAUUUUUGGCUGCGUUGGCCUUUGUUGCUGCGCACAGGCUUUCUCUAGUUGCAGUGAGUGGGGGCUACUCUUCGUUGCGGUGCGUGGGCUUAUCAUUGCAGUGGCUUCUCUUGUUGCAGAACACGGGCUGUAGGGGCGCGGGCUCUAGAGCACAGGCUCAGUAGUUGUGGCGCACGGGCUUAGUUGCUCCGUGGCAUGUGGGAUCUUCCUGGAGCAGGGCUCGAACCCGUGUCCCCUGCCUUAGCAGGCGGAUUCUUAACCACUGCGCCACUAGGGAAGCCCCUAUCAAAGAAUUUUAAAUCCUAAGGGAAGAGAUAGGUUGACCCACAGCUGAUUGUAUUAAGCGUAGGAUAAGGCAGGCUGAAGAAGUACGGGCUGGGAGUACAGACCGUGUGCGGCGGUAGUGUAGAUUCAUUCUGAUGGAGCUGACCAUGCCAUCUGUCAAUUUGUUGUCUGUGAAGAUUCUUAUUCUUGUUGUUUCAUGUGUGUCUUUUCCCAAAUGUACUGGAACAUCAUCCUGCCAUUUUGUUCUUGAGUGGAUUGCAGGUCCGUGGAGCUGGCUGGGUCGCAGGCCCUGAGCCAGCAGGCUGAGCUGAUCUCUCGGCAGCUGCGAGAGCUGCGGCACCUUGAGGAGGAGGUCCAGGUGCUGCGGGAGACCUCGCUGCAGCAGAAGAUGAGGCUGGAGGCCCAGGCCAUGGAGCUGGAGGCACUGGCACGGGCAGAGAAGGCUGGCCGCGCUGAGGCCGAGGGCCUGCGUGCUGCCCUGGCCGGGGCUGAGGUUGUCCGGAAGAACCUGGAAGAAGGGAGCCAGCGGGAGCUGGAGGAGGUUCAGAGACUGCACCAAGAGCAGCUCUCCUCCUUGACACAGGCUCACCGGGAGGCUCUUUCCAGUUUGACUAGCAAAGCUGGGGGCCUGGAGAAGUCUCUGAGUAGUCUGGAAACCAGGAGGUCAGGAGAAGCCGAGGAGCUGGCUGCGGCCCAGAGGGAGGCCGAGCUGCUGCGGAAGCAGCUGAGGAAGACCCAAGAGGAUUUGGAGGCUCAGGUGACCUUGGUUGAGAACCUAAGGAGGUACGUGGGGGAGCAGGUCCCUCCCGAGGUCCACAGUCAGAUGUGGGAAUCAGAGCGACAGGAGCUUCUAGAAACCGUGCAGCACCUGCGGGAGGACCAGGCCGGCCUGCACACCACCGCGGAGCUGCUGCAGGUGCGCGUGCAGAGCCUCACGCACAUCCUCUGCAUGCAGGAGGAGGAGCUGGCCCGGAGGGUUCAGCCUUCAGACUGCCUGGAGCCCGAGUUCACCAAGAAGUGCCAGUCCCUACUGAAGCGCUGGCGGGAGAAGGUGUUUGCCCUUAUGGUGCAGCUGAAGGCCCAGGAGCUGGAGCACAGAGAAUGCGUGGAGCAGCUGAAGGGACAGGUGGCAGAGCUCCAGGAAGGAGUCAAAACCCAGUGCCAGGAGCAGGCCAUCCUGCAGCGCUCCCUGCAGGACAAAGCUGCAGAGGUGGAGGUAGAGCGGAUGGGUGCCAAGGCCCUGCAGACGGAGCUGAGCCGCACUGAGGAGGCCCGGCGCCGGGAGCAGCAGCAGACAGCCACAGCGGAAGAGCAGCUGAAGCUUGUGGCCAAUGCUGUCAGCAGCUUUCAGACCUGGCUCCAGAGCGCCGUGGCAGAGGUGAAGCGGGCCGCAGCCCGGUUGCCCGGCCUCAGCAGCCGAGUCAGCUAUGCCGUCCGCAAGGUCCACACCAUUCAGGGCCUGAUGGCUCGAAAACUGGCCCUUGCUCAGCUGCGCCAGGAGAGCUGCCCCCGACCCCCACCGGCCACGGAUAUGAGCCUGGAGUUGGAGCAGCUGCGGGAGGAACGGAACCGUCUGGACACAGAACUGCAGCUGAGUGCCCACAUCAUCCAGCAGGAGGUGGGCCGGGCCCGGGAGCAAGGGGAGGCGGAGCGGCAGAAGCUGAGCGAAGUGGCCCAGCAGCUGGAGCAGGAGCUGCAGCGCACCCAGGAGUCCCUGGCCACUUUGGGGCUGCAGCUGGAGGCGGCUCGCCAGGGCCAGCAGGAGAGCACAGCGGAGGCUACCAGUCUCCGGCAGGAGCUGACCCAGCAGCAGGAGAUCUACGGGCAAGCGCUGCAGGAGAAGGUGGCCGAAGUGGAGACUCGAUUGCGGGAGCAGCUCUCAGAAUCAGAAAGGAGACUGAACGAGGCUCGCAGGGAACACACCAAGGCCGUGGUCUCCCUGCGCCAGAUCCAGCGCAAAGCCACCCGGGAAAAGGAGCGGAACCAGGAGCUGCGGCGCCUGCAGGAUGAGGCCCGAAAGGAGGAGGGACAGCGGCUGACCCAGCGCCUGAAGGAGCUGGAGAGAGACAAGAACCUCAUGCUGGCCACCUUGCAGCAAGAGGGUCUCCUCUCCCGUUACAAGCAGCAGCGACUGUUGGCAGUUCUUCCUUCCCCAUCGGAUAAGGGGUUACCUGUGGAGUCCAGCCCCAGGCCCUCAGAGUCUUCAGCGCCUGCACCUCCGGCAGCGGCCCUAUGCACCAAGGAGUCCAUCAAAGGCAUCUCAGGCAGCGGAGACCAUCCAUCUCCCUCAUCCACAGAGCCCUCAGAGGAGGAGGGCCCCCCAACAUUGACUCAGGGCCCCCCAAUCCCUGGUGGCCCCUGGCCAGGGGUACCCCCUCUCUUUGAGGACCUUCCACCUCCAGGCCCCAGUCGUCCCUGGAGAGACCUGCCUGAAUCUGGAGUCUGGCCUCCUGUACCCCCUAGAACUGAUCCCUCUCAACCUCCCCGGCCUGAUGACCCGUGGCCAGCAGGACCCCAGCCUCCAGAAAACCCCUGGCCACCUGCCUCUAAGGUGGGCCACGGAUCUCAGGAGGAGCCAGAUCUUGACCCACCCCAGGAGGAGUACAGAUAAUGGAUCCCCCAGAGGCACCCUGGGCCUCUGCCCUCAAGCCCAUCUCUACCCUUCUGAUUUCCCUUGAAUUCUCCCCAAUUUAGCCUAACUCCUUAAUUCCUUUCCUCAUUCCUUCAGUUUUAUUCUGAACCUGGAAGGUGUUGUUCUCAAUAUUUUCUGUCCCCUCUUGAGAUCGGUAUUUAGCCCCCGCCUCCCCCUUCUUUUUUCUCUGACAGCCAAAGUGAACACCCCUACCUCACCUCCAGUCCUCUCCCCUCCCACCGCCUCUUCCCCACCCCUGGGACUCUCCGGGCAGGGCUGGCAGCACUGUGUUCUCUGCUGCCACCUGGUGGCCGCCAUCUGGGAACUACCAGGAGACCAUGGUGCUUCCAUGAAAUGGAAAAACAAAAAACCAUGUUUUCUAAUUUUGACUCUAGGCUGCGUCUUUGCCAAUGAGCAGCACUUUGAACAUUCAGAUGCCCUCAUAACAGCCAUGGACCUACAGAGAUCUGGAAGUUUUCUGAGUUCCUGUCUUGCCCAUAUGCAUAGGGAUGUGGAACUCAGCCAGUGGAGGGUUGGAAAUGCAACUAUCAGAGUUACAAGGACAUUCAGACCCACAUUUCUCCCAUUCUGGGAUCCCUAUUUUGGAGAAUGAGAAACCAAGUUAAGUCUCUCUUUAAUAGCUUAUGGUUUGCAUACCUCUGGCUGAACAUGAAAAUUCUCCCAGGGAGAUGUGGGCAGGACUAAGUUUUAAGGGGAUCAAUUUCCAGAAGCAUAUGUGUCCCUUCCUAAAAUGAAUCUGCCUGAGAACUGUUCUCCUUUUCCACAUGCCUCCAUUAACAAGUGACCCUUCUCUCACUAGACACAGGAAGGCCGAGCUCUCUCGCCCACCCUGAACUGAACCUGGGUGCUCUUCCUGGAGCUACCAAAUGAAGUCAAUGGAAAAUAAAAAUCAGCCCUUUCCAUCUCAUGAAGAGAUGAAUUUUUAGUAGAAGUUUACUUUUCUGUUUAAUCAUUGUCAAUAUUUGUAGUUUUGAUCAAUUGCAUCUUUUAAUAAUUGUAAUUAUAAAUCCAGGGCAGAAUAAUGGUUUUUAAUAUAGUCUUAUGGUCACAG